GAUAUACCCAAACAGCAAUGUCAGUGCCUAGAAAGGAUUCAAUUCUCGUAGAAGAUGCUAAAAAGAAGAAAAAAAAGAAGAACUUUAGUGGUAACUUGAGCAAAUAUUUGUUGAUAUUACAAUGGCUUCCAAAGUACACCCAAUUUCAAGCUAUAUCCGAUGUAAUAGCCGGUAUUACAAUAGGACUCACCAUGAUACCACAAAGUAUUGCUUAUGCUGCACUAGCUGGAUUAACUGCUCAGUAUGGCCUUUACUCCGCGUUUUUUGGUGGUUUUAUAUACCUCCUACUUGGAACAACCAAAGAAGUUUCUAUUGGACCUACGUCCUUGAUGUCUCUUUUAGUGAUGGAAUACACGCAUGAUAUGCCAGUAGAUUUUGUCAUACUUCUUACAUUCUUGGCUGGAUGUAUAGAACUAGCGAUGGGCUUAUUAAAUUUAGGUUUUUUGGUGGACUUUAUUUCCAUCCCCGUUACAUCGGCAUUCACUUCGGCAGCGGCAAUAAUUAUAAUCGUAGCUCAAAUUCAAGGUCUUUUAGGUUUAAGAUAUAAAUCGCAUACUAUAGUCGAUACCUUAAAACAAACAUAUUAUAAUAUAGAAAAUGUACAUCUACCUGAUAUAGCACUAAGUUUUUCCUGCAUAGUAUUUCUUUUACUCUUUAAGAAUCUUCAAAACUUUCGGAACGAAAGUGGUAGCAAGAAAAUAAGAAGGAUAAAAAAAAUGUUGUGGUUUUUUUCCAUUGGACGUAAUGCUCUUAUCGUCUUGAUAACAUCUAUUAUAUCAUUUAAUUUAACUACGCCGGAAACUUCUCCAUUUACUCUUUCAGGAACAGUUAAACCUGGAUUACCUGCUGUGUCUUUACCGCCCUUUUCAUCGCAAAUCGGAAAUCGUACAUACACAUUUAUUGAUAUGUGCUCGCAUUAUGGAUCUGGCAUACUUAUGGUACCAAUUAUCGCGGUCUUGACUAACGUGGCGAUUGCAAAAGCCUUUGCAAGCGGUAACUCGUUAAAUGCAAAACAAGAAAUGUUAACUCUAGGUAUUUGUAACAUAUUUGGGAGUUUUUUCUCGUCAAUGCCAACUUGUGGAGCAUUUACAAGAAGCGCAGUAAGUUCUACGAGCGGUGUACAAACGCCUAUGGCGGGAUUGUAUACAGGAACCUUAACAUUGUUAGCACUUAGUUUUCUAACGCCUUACUUUUAUUAUAUACCACGUGCGACACUUGCAUCAGUAUUAGUAAGCGCAGUUUUAUUUAUGAUCGAUUUACGGAUUUUCAAAGUUCUUUGGAAAGGAUCCAAAAAAGAUGCAAUAGCAGCUAUAGUGACCUUUGUGGUUUGCAUACUUUGUAAUAUUGAAAUAGGACUUCUCUUUGGUGCUGCACUUAAUAUUGUCUUUUUACUUCAUCCAUCGGCUAGACCUAAUCUAAGCACCAUCGAAUGCAAGACAGAGUUGGGAAAUGAAUACUUGAUGCUUAAACCUGACACAGGAUUUUAUUAUCCUGCAGUUGAUUUUCUUUCAACAAAAUUAGAGAUGAUAGCUACAGAAUAUGAGAAAAAGAAAAUACCAUUGAUCAUAGACUGUGAAAGAUUUCAAGGUUUUGAUUACACUGCUAUAAAGAGUAUGGAAAGAUUAUCUAAACAAUUAAAUAGCGAAAGGCGAAGAUUAUGGUUAUUAAAUGUUAAACCAGAAGUUAUUCAAAGUAUUUCAAUACUAGCCGAUGAUAAAUAUUUUCUUUUUAUCAAUAAUCAUGAAAGCAUACAUUUUUCUAUAGAUGGAAUCAAAAAGAUUGUCGACGAACAUAAUGUUGUGGACGAGAAGAGUGAACUAAUGAAAAAUGGCGAAGUAGAAAAUCUAGAAAUGGAAGACUAUAAAAAUUCAAAUGAAAUAGUUGAUAAAACAAAUGACGAUACAAAAGAAUCUGACAACAUUUCAUUGCACGAAUCAAAUACUUGAUACAAUGAAUGUUUAUUCUAUAUUAUGUGCACAGUAGAAAUAAUUAUUAAAACGAAUAAAUUAUCCAUAAAUUAUACAUGACAUCAUAAAUAAUAAUGUGUCAAAACAAACGAUGUCCAUAUAAUUAAUCCAAAAUAAUAUUAACUCGACUGACUGCUUCUUUGCUAUGUAUAUUAUUCAAUAAAACUUAUCGUAAUUUAUCAUUUA